UUCGUUGCUGUGCCUCUAAAAGCCCUCUGCCAUAGAUGGGCACCAGGUGGCCGGUGGGACGCUGCUAACGGCCACGGCUGGCCCGGGGGCUGCAGGUGGCUGUACCCGGGCCCCACGCCCAGCCCCCCGCAACCUGUCCUGGCACCACAGCGCGUGACCGCGGCUCCUCGGACCGGGGAGAACCCGUUUUUAAUGGGUCCGCGCCGAGCUCGCGGGUCGCUGCGCCCCGUAGUGCGGCCGGACUACGUUUCCCGGCGGGCGGCGGGUCGGAGGAAAUGUCAGCCGGGGGCGGCCCUUCCGCUGCCGUGAGGCGGUGGCGUCGGGGAUCCCGUGCGGCUUCCCGGCGGGAGAGGGCGGCCCCGGGAAGCGAUGGCGGCGCUAGAGCCGGAGCCGGAGCCUGAGCCAGGCGGGCAGCAGGAGGCAGGGCUCGGGCAGGGCGGCGGCAGCCCUCCCGCCAGCCCUCCAGCGGCCGCCGUGGGCGGCGGGACGCCGGCCUGGUCCCCGGCUUCGGCCCAGGCGGCCUCGCUGCUGGAGGAGGCGGCGGAGCUGCUGGUGUUGCAGCGGGACUUCGCCGCCGCCCUGGAGCGCUGCGAGGCGGGCUGCAGCAGCCUGGGCCCGGCGCCCGGCGCCGACAGCAGUUGUGCUGAAGUGAAGUGCUCCCUUUGUGUGGUGGGGAUUCAGGCGCUGGCUGAGAUGAACCGGUGGAGAGAAGUUCUGUCCUGGGUCCUGCAGUACUACCAUCGCCCUGAGCAUCUGCCUCCAAAACUCCUGGAGCUGUGUAUCCUGUUAUACAGCAAAGUGAGAGAGCCCCAGGUGAUGCUGGAGGUUGGCAGUAGCUGGCUGAGGGACCAAACUAAUAAGAGCCUCCCUGAGUAUGGUUCAUUGCUGGAGCUCUAUCUGCUGCAUGUGCUGCUUCCACUUGGCCGAUUUGAGGGGGCAGAAGAGCUUGUGUACAGCUGUGAUGUUCUUGACAGUGAGCAGAAGCUGGCAUUUGUUGAGACCAUUUGUGAAAAGCGAUGUCAGUGGACUCAACAGGAAGAGAUGCACUCAGCUCAUGAUGAGCAGGAAGACAAAGCAACAGAGACUGUUUUAGGUGCUCUGUCUCAAAAGCUCUUGACCAUGCUGACUUUGCUGCGAAGAACACUGAGGUCCAUGUCAAGCCACUUCUAUUUACUUCCUUAUAAAAAGAUGCUCUUGGCUACUUUUCUGCUGUACCUGGUGGUGGUGAGAUUAGACCCAGCUUCUCCUACUUCCCUGCCAUUCAUUUGCAAACUGGUCCAGCUCUUCCGACAGGCUUGGGCAGCUGUGUUGUCUCCAAUCCACAGGCCUCCAAUUCAAGACUAACUGUCUUCCACCACAGAACAUCUUUCUCUGCUCCUGUGUCAGCUUGUCUUGAGGACUUUACGAGGCUCUUCAAGGACUGUUGAAAUCAGUGUCCUAGUGGAGAUGACCACCUGUGAUCUCCUGUGAAGUGGUCCUCUCCUUUCUUCAGACAGGGAGUGGUGGUGUAUGAAUUUUGAAACCAUGCCAAGUAUUCCUGACAUUACCUUGGCUAUUCAGCACCAUUCUGUCUGACACCAGAGUAAAGCCACUCCUUCUGUAAUCUACAACUGAUUAAGAUCCUCCUUUUGAAACACUUUGCUUUGGGUGUGGCUCUUGAGUAGACAGUCCUGAAGUAUGCUGCCUGUUUGGAAGAUGGUUCCAUCCUUGCAAAUACCAUGCAGUUCACUGAACAACUGAAACAGCAUUCCUGGAAGCAGGAAUGUUAAAGGCAAUAGAGUAUCAGUAAUUAGGAGGAAUAUUCUAUUUUGCCUCAAAUCGCAGUUCCUCCAGCAUGGGACUGAGGAGAAGUACAUGGAAGAAAAACACUGCAGAAAAUGAAGCCUGCUGUGUUUUGAACACCAUGGUUUCUCUUGUGACCGAUGCCUCCUUAUACAGGCGCUCUUGAUUUUAAUCAUAUCUAAGGCAGAAAACCUAGGUGGUGUGCCACAAGUACUGUUGUGCUGCACCUGCAGUUCUUAAAUGUGGAUUACAGUACUUGUGCUUGCCUGGUGCACAGUAAUCUGUAGGAGCCAAUGGCAGUGGUUAGGAAAUUUAUUUUUUUUAAUUGUAUUCCGUAUUAUUGUCUAGUUGAACCACUGAGGUUGUUGCAUUGUUUUACUCUUUUCCUACCUCUUGCUUUGUUUAUGAAGAUGUCAAAAAGUCCCAGUAUGUCUAGAAACCUUCCUGCUGCUCCCAUAAAGACCUAAUUUACAUGGUAACUGUUCAGCCGUGCUCCGUCAUUCAGAACAAAAAAAUCUUUGGUAGAAAGAGAGAGCUCUGAGAUCCCCAUGCCUGUGGCAAGAAAGUUACUGUCUUUACAGAAGGUCUGUUACCAGGCUGACACCGUUUCUGAUCACCUGGAGCACAGAUUGGAGGUCUGCAGAAGAACGGUUAAUUCCCAUCGAUUGACGACGAGUAAGUGCCAAGGGAGAGAGCACUAUUUCAAGAUUGCUUCUACUGGGGCAAGCUGUACAUGUGCUGGAGGGAACAAGUUAGAGCCAUGUGGCAAAUGUAGCCAGCCAUCCCAGCAUCUGUGCCAAGGUGAUCCAGGCUGACCAACGUCAGCCAAAACUACAGAAACAAAGCCACCUUUUUGGUGAGCAAUUUCUAUCCAACACACCAAGCUUGUGAAAAGUAGCCAGUAUAGAUCCCACUGCAGUCUUACAGUGCUAGCCUCCUUCAAAUUGAUCGUUUGUUUCUAGAAAUAGCUAUACAUAGAUGGUGGCUAUUUCGGUUUUCUUUACAAGGAUAGCAGCCUGUUGGUGUGCUCUGUCACUUCGCAGCCUACCAGGCCGCUUGGAAAAGUCUGCAUCUUUACUUCUAAAAAUUAUGUUGUGUCUAGAUUUUUCUUGAGUUAUCCUGAUAGAGAAAUACUCCAGUGUUAGUGUGAGAUAAAGUGGGGCACCCAUGAAUGCAAAAAGCAGUCAUCACCUUGCCUAGUUAUCUCAGGUAAACAAAAAAAUAAAACCACAAGACAUUCCUAUCCUCUCUCCUCUUGAAUUUUUGUCUCCAGUUGGACUUGAUAUCAGGACAAGUAGCACAUAAUGCUUCACCAAAUUUAAAAAAUAUAUAUAUAUAUAUAUUUCUAAUAUACUGUGUAUAUAUAGGGAGGAGCAGUUCUUGAUACUACUAGAUGAUUUAUGUAAUCUAACUAUCCGUGUAGCUAUGCUUCCCUGCAGCCAGCACUUGUUGGAUUCUACCUGGUUUUCCAUCACAGAGGGUCUGGCUGGAGUUGAGUUCCUCCAGAAAGUGACUGGGUUGCAUCUACUGGCCACCUAGUUUGCAAGACCUUGCUCUAAAGAUUUUGUAAACCAGUUAAUGAAAUAGUAAACUUCCCUUUGAAGUCAGGCUAAAUUCUUAGCAAUACGUGACCGUUCAGCUAACAGCCACUUUUUAAAUCUCAGUUUCUGUUAACACUUACAGUUAAAUGGCAGAGCUGCAUUUUGAGGACUGGGUUCAAUGGGUUUGCUGCACAGAACGUAUGUUAUGUGUAGAGCUCAGUUAAAUAUCAUAGCCAUUCAUUUAUCAGAACUCUAACAUUCAACUUGAUUUUAUUGGUAGGUAGCAACCUCCACUUCUUUUGAGUACUACUGAUUUUGGACUGGAAUCAUGUUUAGCUCACCGUUGAGAGGGGAGAAGGCAGAGACAACCAAUCUUUCUUUUUUUCUUUUUUUUGUAAAGAAUACUAAACCUGCAAUAUUUAAUUUUCACAAUUAAAUGACUACUUAUUUACCUCUUUGUAGAGUUGCUUAUUUGUGCUAUGAUGAAGUGUAUCAAAGCUUUAGCACUUAAUGUAUUGCCGCUGUAGAGCCUUGAAAUAGUUUCUGGAAAUGUUUCAUAUGUGUCCUCAUUGUACAAGUAUAUUGGAAUCAGGUAGAGGACUUCCCAAUUAAGUAGAGACUUACAGGUCUGCAUAUUCAUAGGAGUUCAGAAAGUGAUAAUUACUUUCUGUGAAAGAUACAGCAUAUAUAUAUUUUUAAAAUAUAUUUGAGUGUUUCUGUGUACCUUGGGAUGGCCAAGAGCAGCACUACUGAGAAUAAAAUACCUGGUACUUA